UCGGGUAGUAAGUGUUAUUAUCAUGUCUCUUCUUCCUGACGCGUAAAAAUCAACGCGAAGAGGCAUAUGUCUCUCACGGAAGUAAUGUAAUGUGCCGAUGAUAUUAAAGAAAUAUGUUACUCGAGAGCGUCUUGUGUGAAAGAGCCGCGGUCGAAUCUGUCAAUUGACAUUUCAAUUUGAAAUCGGCCCGGUUAACUACGAGGAAGGAAUCGACAUGGAGAAAUCGCCGAACUCGGAAUUCAAAGACAUGUCCAUUUACUGGUCGGUCUUUUUCUUGAAGGCAGCCGGCGUAUGGCUGACGUCGGACGAUAAAGAGGAACGCCACAGGAGAUACGUUUAUGUGUUCAGUAUCUCCGUGCAUAUAUACGGUGUCUAUGUGAACUCCGUUGAUUGUUAUCACAGCUGGGGUAAUCUAAGCCAUUGCAUAUUCUUGAUUAAUAAUACACUGUGCAUUCUGCUUGGUACGUACAAAGUAAUAAUUUUAAGUACUCAGAGAAUGGAGUUCAGGGAGAUUGUCCUGUACGCGCAGAAGAAUUUUUGGCAUUCGAAUUACAGUGGAUACGAGAAAGAGAUUUUUAUGCAGUGUCAAAAGCUUUGCAAACUGUGGGUCCUAGGUACAGGCUUCCUUCUGCAAGCUACCAUAGUGGGCUACGCGAUUACCCCUAUCGUUUGUUAG